UUUUACCCAUGAUGCAGAGCGCAGCGAAUACUGUUUGUGACAAGUAAGCAAGCAUCAGGUAAACUCUCUUGGAAGAAGCCUGUUAACGACACUUAUUUUCCACAUGGCUACAAACGAGUCAAGAAAUAUCGACAUUAUUUGAAUAGGACAGACAGAAAGAAUACUUCAUUCUCUAUUAUAAUGGCAAAUUUCCUUUUUCAAGAACAGCUGAUAUAAAUAGAAAUAAGUAGAAUAAGUUAAAAAUUGAGUGUCAUUCGAUGCAAAACAGCAGUGAUGUGGGGGAAGGAUUUUUUGGUCUCAGCAGUAUUCACUGUCCAAAUAUUACUCGUCUUAUUAAAGAAUACUUGUCAUCCAUUUCUACGAAUGAAAAUAUGACGCUUAAUGACAUUCAAUCCAAAACUGUUCCCCCAGAUCCAGCUGUUCAGAUGGCAGAGGAAGUAGCUCAGCGAAAUGCUGUUAUUUACAUUGUUGUUGUAUUAUUCUUUUAUUCCUUUGGCAUUGGUAUUAUGAUGAUCAAGUAUAUGCGAAAAGAAGCUGAAGAGCAAGAAGAGUUCAAGAUGUACAGACGCUAUAUGCACGAUACUCAUGAUAACCCUAUGAACUCUACGAAUACAGCCAGAUUGGCGAACAGAUUGGCACUUUCAGCGCUAAAUAUGGUUAACGCCAUUCCUCAAACAAGCCAAAGUGGGAGCAAAGUAACAUUUGUGUGAUGGUCAUAAUGUAUUCGCUUAAAUAAGUUGGCAAAGGGAAAAAUGUUGGGGCAUGGACUCAUUUCCGUGAAUAUGUAUUUUGUACGAAGUAAAUUAUUAAAUUAAGCUGUUUGCAUUUAAUUUGCAAGUUCCAAAGAAGUUUGGGUAUUUUUAUAAAAUGUUGUUUCAUAGAUAUAUAGAAACAGUUCUUCCGUUAAUAUUUUUUAUUGGGUUGCCAGGAUAAGUAUAAAAAUUUUCGGUAUAUGAAAUUUGGAUAUUAUAAAAAAAUGUUAUAUAAUUUGGAAAUUUGGAUAAAAUUUAACGAUUUCUUCAUCCUUGAAGUUGAAUACUUCAUGUAUUAAACUCUUUAAGUUUAUAAUUUGCCAGUAGAAAUAUACUUUCUCGCCUACCCCAAAGGCCAGCAUGACUCUAAUUCAACUUUUUAGUUAAAACAUUAAAAAAAAAAAAGAAAUAUUAGAAAACAGACCAAAUAAAUGCUUACAGACAAAAGUAUAAAGUAUGAAAGAAAUUUAAAUACUUUGAAGGUUUAAGAAAAAU